ACGGAAGUGUAGGUGACGGUUGAGACUUCGCCGCCAAGCUGGGAACCGGGGAGAUGGCCGAGACUGACCCCAAGACCGUGCAGGAUCUCACCUCGGUGGUGCAGACACUCCUGCAACAGAUGCAAGAUAAAUUUCAGACCAUGUCCGACCAGAUCAUUGGAAGAAUUGAUGACAUGAGCAGUCGCAUUGACGACCUGGAGAAAAACAUUGCAGACCUCAUGACACAGGCUGGGGUGGAAGAGCUGGAGGGUGAAAACAAGAUCCCUGCCACACCAAAGAGUUGAAGGUGAGGGAGGUGACAGUCUCAGGAGCAGGUGGCUAAUUCCCCCCCUGAAGUCCGGAACACCACUUUCACAAGCUGAGAGAAGACCAAAUGGCUUUCUGAAGCGACUGCUGUGUGUAGACAGGUUUUCGACCCUAAAGUGUGCGUUCUUCUUACCACGUACUAUAUAGUCUGUAGAGUGAUUCUCCCCCCAGUCUCUUGAACAUGGAAACUCCACAUCUUGGACCUUGGUCAGUCGUGCUGUUAAAUAUUAAACACUAAAACUUCGGCGGUUCCUGCAUAAAACUGUCACCUUUUCUAGUGUAUUUUUGUGAAGUUGUUGUUUUCUAUCAUUCCUUUUGUAGUAGUUGCUGUUUGAUGAACGUUGCUAUGUAAUUUUUUAUUAGGCAUCCGGUAGACCUUGUGAAGGAAGUAGAUCUUGUGAAGGAAGACAUGUGGCAAGUUGAGGGUUCUUUAAUUCUCAGCACGGGGUGUUGAGCCAACACCAAAUAGCAUGUUUGGUGGUACAUUUCACAUGGGUAAACAACAUUUAAAAAUUGUUGAUUCGGAAAUCUCUGGCGCUACCCGGUUGUCAAAACUCAGCAUUGACCCGCAGCAUCCUGUGUUAAGUCUCUGAGGCCAGAGGCCGAAGCACUGACGAGUAAGCCCUGCCACUCCGCGUGCGAGAAUUGUUCGGUUCGCAAAGGGACUCAGCCGCCUAAGGUACCGAGGCGCUCAUUAGUUAGAGUUUUGCAUGAGAUUUGGAUACGUGAGUAGGCCCCUGUGCUGUUCAUCUACGAUCGUCACCAUAGAAAAUCUGGCAGGAUUUUACAGCCCAGUUCGCUGUCUUGUCUGGGAGCUACUGCUUUGGGAAAAGGAACAGAACAGGAAGACAGACCCAUGUGAAGUCCGUGCCGGUUGCUUGGCUAGAAAAUGAUAAAUGACUUGUAAUCGGCUCAAGUUUUUAAGACUGAUUUCUUUCAACUAUUUCUUACCUAAAUUCUUACAGAAUCACGGUUUUGUUAUUGAUUAUAGAAGAUAGGGAUAAUAAUACUCUUGCCACUCAAAAAAGCCGUGCCGGAGUGCUAAGUCCGGAGGCCGGGACUGACUGCGGGAGACCCAUGUGAUUGCCCCAGUGAAGGGACUUUGUCCACAGAAAAUGGGAAAAGUUGAGGAAGGGGACAGUGCUUCUUAGAAGGAAGCCCUGAAUGAGCGAACACAGUGUGAGUGUUUUGAAGUUUCCUCUAUCACCAGUCGUGUUUGUAUUGCAAAUAGGUAAUAUGAUGAAGAAAUCAUGUGUCCUAGUUAUAGGUGACGUAAGUAACACAAAGUAAGUUUCUUCUGAGAUAUGAGGAUUAAGCACUGUUAACCACCCUGCUGCAGAAACUUCUCUGGCAGGCCAGUAGGUCGCUGCCAGACGCCGCCCAGUAGAGGAACCCUGCAUGCAGGAGGCUCUCGAGCCAGCGAGGACCUGGCACGUGGCAGGGACACAGCCACUUGCUGUCCGGAUGUAGGUAGGAGUUGUCGUUAAGUAAGGGAAAGAUUUCAGAGGCAAGCUCCCCUGACCAGAAAUAUCUGCCAUGAAUAAAGGUGCCUGAAAUCCUGCUAUCGACGCGUCCUUUGUGUCCACGAUGAUUUGGUUUUCCACGUUUUCGGAUUUAAAUGGACACACCAUUUUAGAUGAUGGGCUAAAACCUCUGGAAGGAUUAGGUCCACAGAGCCGGAGGCUGCGUGUGGGAAGGGGGGGCCAGGGAGCACCAGAGCCAGGGGCAGACUGCCCUCUGAGGAGAGCUGGGCUUACCCACAUCCCUGAGGCAGGCCUUUUCCAAGUACAUUGCCCAGGACACUUGUCCUUGGAGAAACACUAGCAAAGAAGGGUUUAUGGUCACUUGGGUUUAGCAAACUUGCCUCCUACUAGAUUCACUUCAUGAAAAUUCACAGUGCAAAUUAGCAUAUUAAAGGCUCCGAGGUCCCAGAGCAGAGUAAUGUGAUUUAACUUUCUCACCUGCCAGUUUCCAAGUUAUUUGACCAAGGAUCUUUUUUUACACUUAGCACCUAAUUAACAUUUCAUUGAACUAGCGUGCUGUAAAAUACACAGGGGGAGAUAGCAGUUAAAGUAAUCCAAUAAAUAGCUUUGGAUUCAGUUUAUAACUGCCUGCCUUGCCAAGUACUCGACCUGUUGGCCAAGCCUCCGGGCAAAGCCUUAUUUAGCCUGAUAUAAAAUAGCUUUGGGACCCUGGUGAAGCCGUCACAUUUGUACGAAAUGAUGGCUUUUCCUCACCGUGGAAGCGAGAACCUCAGAUGCCUGCUCAGCCCCGUCACCCCACGCACCCCUGGGAGCAGGUGCUUGCUGCCACAGCCCCCUGGCUUGUCUCCGCCUUGGGGCCACGGCCCGGGGCCACGCCUGGGGCCAUGGGCCCCUCCUUGCGCUGCUUCCUUUGUGGCUGACACCCCCUCCUGCGGGCUU